AAUCAGCUGUUUCAUUUGCCACACAGUUCGCGGAUCAAUCGGAUCGCGUAGAAAUUAAACGAAAAUCAAAAUAAUAAUUAUUAAAUACCAAUAAACGCUGUGGCAAAAACGUAACGAAACGGAAAUAAACGAGGCGAGCGUGAGAGUGCAAGUGUGUAUUUUUGCAGCAAACUGCAAAAGCAUUAGUGAAAGCCAAGCAAGGGCAAGAAAGAGAAAAAGUGAAAAUAUACAAGUUGAUGCAAUCGCAAAGUGCUAAACGAUAAACACAGUCAGAGGGCGCCUAUUCCAAAAACAUUCGUAUAAUUAUUAUUGGUCUGCGACAGUGACAAAUGAUGGCCUAAAAUGGCGGCCACACCACCAAUACCGCCCGGAGCAAAUCAUUUCCAAUUAAAUGGCAAUCCUCCACAACAGCAACAGGAGCAGCAACAGCAACAGCAACAGCAACAACAAGCGAGCAACAACAACACGCCCAACAUAGUCGAGGCACUCCAGCAACAUUUUCAAUUCAAGGCACUGCUUAACGCGGACGAGGAUCAGCAGCAGCAGCAGCAGCAGCAGCAGCAACUGCAGCAAGAGCAACAGCAGCAGCAAGAGCAACAGGAGCAGCAGAGAAACGACAGCAACAUCACCAGCAACAGCAACAGCAACAUUAGCCGCAGCAGCAGCUAUGAACAGCUGGGGGAGUCUGCCUGUAGGCCGAAAGCCAAGCUAAGCUGCCAGUGCACAAACAUAAGUAUUAUGCACCUGUUCCACGAGAUGAAGCAGGAGUUUCCCACGCUGCCGGAUGCCUUGGUGACGCAAUGCGUCAAUGAGAAUUGCCAUCAGCGCGACAAUUGCAUACAGAUGUUGAAGAAGGAGCUGGCGCUGCACCCCUCGCCCGUUCAGUCCUAUCCCGCCAAGGUGGUGCAACAGCAACAGCAUUUGCAGCAACAGCAGCGCCAAGCAAAGCCGCCGACGCCCUUGAAGCCGUCGCGGGCUGCGCCCACCCAGCCACCAACCGGUGGUGUUGACACACCGACAGGCACACCCAUUGCCCGCACUCGACCCACCACAUUGAAUUUGCCGCGUCAGCUAAACGCACAGCUGCAGCAGAAGAUACAACAGCGACAGCAGCAGCAGCAACAGCAAGCGACGCCGCGACAACAGCAGACGCCCAGCGCGCAGUACAAGCCGCUGCGUCGCGCACCCCCGCUGCCUCCGCUGCCGCCGAAGCCGUUGGCCGUUGUCUCAAGCAGCUGCUCCAAUGAUUCCUCCUGUCUCACCAGCCCGCUCAGCUCUAGCGAAUCGGAGCUGUCGCUCAAUGUUUCCUUAUCAUCGCCAACGUCAGCGACAACCGUGGCUGCUGCUGCUGUUACGGCGACGACGUCAGCUGCGCAGUCGGCAGCGCCAGCUACUGCGCAGUUACGCUCGCCCGUGCGACAUCGGUCAGUCAUCACGCUGCAGCCGGAGCCGCCUUAUGCGCGCGAAUUUCUUAGCAACGCGGUCAGUGCAAUUUCGCCGUCGGCAGCGCCAGCGCCAGCGCCCACGCCCCCAUCGCCCACAUCCGGUGGCAGCACGCCGAGCGGCCGAAAGAGCUUCACCUCACUCAAUCUCACUCUGCGCCAGCCGCAGAUCAGCAGCAACGGAGCGGCGCCCGCUACGAUAGACAUCACGGCCGGUCCAGCGGCUAGCGGGAACGGCAGCAGCGGCAUCACCUACUCGAGCAGCAGCUUUGAUGCGCGCCGCGGCACCCACAAGAACUUCCAGCUGACGGUCACCGACGAGGGCAGCGUCUUUAGCGCCGGCUGUGUGCGUCCCCAGGUGCCGCUCUACGCGCCCUGCCCGCCGCCCCCAACCACACCGCCAUCCCAGCCAGGAGUGCUGGUCACCGAUGGAGCAACGCCCACAGCACGCCAGCAACAGCAACAGCAGCUGCAACAGCAACUACAGGAGCAGGCCGAAGCAGCAGCAGCAGCAGAAGAAGCAGCUGCUGCAGCACCGCCCGAGAUGCCGGCCAUAUUUCCAUAUCCCACACAGGCGCAGAACCAUAUUGUCGCCUCCAACUAUAACAACAAUCAUCUGCAGAACAACAGCAACAGCGGAGACAACAGCCCCAGCGUCACGCACAUGCCCCUCUACGAGGGCGUUGUGCCCGAAUCGGAUCGAGAAGCGCAUGCCAAGAUCAUUGAGCGCCAGAAGCAGCGACGCGACAAGCUGGCCAACGCGUUACGUGAGAAUAAGAAGCGCCUGCUCAUGCUGGAGCAGGAGAUCAACAUUUUGACCGAGCCGGUGCCAGAGGGCGAAUCUGAAAGACUGGAUAGAGAUAUCAAGAAACUCACUGAGGACUGUCAGCGACUACUCAAUGAUCCUCAGCUGAAUGGCAAUGCAGCCGCGCCAAAUUCCAUGAAUCGUCAACAAUCGGCGCCCCCAGGCCCACAGCAACAGUAUCUGCCACUUCCAGGACACCCUCCUGGCACCGCUCGGACUCAGGUGCCGCCAAAUUCGCUGCGGCUUCACUCGGUGCCCGCGGCGCAGACACAAUCGCAUCUAGAUUUCGUGCAGCACCCCAGCAGUGCGCCCAGCUCGGCGUGCUUGACGCCGCAGCAGCAGCAGCAGCUGCAACUGGAGAUGGAGCCGCCGCCCACCUAUGCGCAAUACUAUCAGUUUCAGCAAUUUCUGCGGCAGCAGCGGCAGCUGCCGCGGCCGCAGCAGCAACGGCGGCGUCUGCAGCUCCACCCCUAUCAUCACCUGCAAGAACCGUUGCCCAGYCACGUGCCAAUCGAGGAGGAGGAGGAGUCCCUGUCCGAAUCGGAGGUGGACGAAGGCGAGGAGCCACUGGAUAUGUGGGCCUGCAACUUGUGUACAUUCCGCAAUCAUCCGCAACUGAAUAUAUGCGAAGCCUGUGAAAACGUUAGGAUCCAGCCGGCGCCGAUUCACAAUCGAGAGGACAUACAUAUAACACUCUCGCCCGGCGAAAAUCGUAUUAUACACUCUUGGAUUCUUUCGUGACAGUCGGGGAAACACUAA